AAUAAGUCAUUCUCAGCGGAAAAAGAGUGAGAACUUCCCUACCUAUCAUUUGUUUCGAAAGUCAUGAAAAUAGUAAUGAACGGAUCCACUAGUGAAUCUAGUUCCAAGGUACCUUCUUACCAACCUGCCAAUCACUGAACAAUUAAUCCCUCAAUUCAGACGAAGUGUCCAUGGUCGUAUCCUUCUGUUAGACCUCAAACAGUAUAUCGUGAAGUGCCUGGCUUGGAUAUUUGCUUAAAUGUGUGUGGGAUUGUCUCAAUGACACGUUACAAACUUUUCGAGCUUGAUUUUUGUUUACUGAGCUUUCCAUAACUAGUUGAAUAGCAUAUUUUUUCACUAUCGACCCACACCUUUGAUCCUAUCCAUCAACCAUUUACCGAAUGCUCCCUAUAAAUAUACUUUGUUUAGAUUUUGAGAGUUGAUUGAAGAUUUGGGAACUAUUAAAUGUCACUAUUCUUGAAAGCAAUUUGGACAAAAUAACUAACUGGACAACAAAUAUGCUCUCAGUCUUCUGUAAUAUUAAGGAAAAACACUAGUAGUAAUUGAAAGUCACCUGGAGAUGUCUCCUUUAGUGCCAUUGAACCCAAUUUAUUUUUCAAGCCUUUCGAUGAAGUCGACAGAGUACCUCCAUCAUCAGCUAUUUAUCCCUCAGGAUCUGUGCUUGAACCACUAUCUGAUACAGAAAGGGAUUCCAUAGGGAAGCAGAAGUUUGAUGCCAUUGAAUACAAUGACAUUAAUCAUCGAAAGCCCUCGAAUCUACACUCAGCUUGGUGUUCCUAUCACAGUAACUGGUGUUGCACAAGUAAAAAUUAAUGGAAGUAACCAAGAAAUGUUAGCGGCUGCAUGUGAACAAUUUCUUGGCAAAUCAGAAAAUGAAAUACGUGAAAUAGCUCAAGAAACACUUGAAGGUCAUCAGCGUGCUAUUAUGGGCAAUAUGACAGUUGAAGAAAUAUACAAAGAUAGAAAAAAAUUUUCAAAAGCUGUUUUUGAAGUGGCCAGUUCGGAUUUGGUGAAUAUGGGAAUUAGUGUAGUUAGUUAUACACUAAAAGAUAUAAAAGAUGAUGAGGGUUAUUUACGUUCGCUUGGUUUAGCAAGAACAGCACAAGUUAAAUGUGAUGCACGUAUCGGUGAAGCCGAGGCAAGACGUGAUGCUGGUAUUCGAGAAGCAGAAGCUGAAAAACAACGUGUUGCCGGUAAACUAUUAAAUGAUAUUGAAAUUUCUAAAUCAAAACGUGAUUUUGAAUUACAAAAUGCUGCUUACGAGAAAGAAGUACAAUCACGUAAAGCGGAAUCGGAAUUAGCCUAUGAAUUACAGGCAGCUAAAGUUAAACAACAAAUUAAGGAGGAAGAAAUGCAAAUCACCGUUCUUGAGAAAACUCAACAAAUCCAAGUGGAGGAAUUAGAAAUUGUACGACAAGAACGUCAUUUAGAUGCGACGGUACGGAAACCAGCUGAAGCUGAACGUUUUCGUUUGGAACGUCUCGCUGAAGCUGACCGGCUACGUUUAACUGCCGAGGCGGAAGCAGAAGCUGAGGCUAUUCGGCUACGUGGUCUUGCUGAGGCGGAAGCAUUAAAAGCUAUAGCACACGCUGAGGCAGAACAAAUGGCAAAGAAAGCUGAAGCAUGGAAAAAUUAUCAGAAUGUUGCUAAAUUAGACAUGGUAUUACAAUCAUUACCAAAAAUUGCUGCCGAGAUUAGUUCACCAUUAACUAAAUGUGAUAAAGUCACUAUGAUUUGUACAGGUGAAGGGGAUAUUGGUGUUUCAAAAUUAACUGGUGAAUUAUUUACAAUUAUGAAUAGUUUACCAAAUUUAAUACAUACAAUGACUGGUUUAGAUAUUUAUAAAAAUAUUAAAACAAUUUAAUAUUGAAACAUUGAAACUAUUUCUUUGUCUAAAUGCAAUUAAUCAAGGCGCGCAAUUCAUAAUGAUUGUUAAUUAGUAUUAUUGCUGCUGUUGUUGUUGUUGUCAGUGUAAUUUCUAUUCUCCAAUCGUUUUAUGAUUUUUCUUUGUGUUUUUUUCUCAUUCAUAUUUUGCCUACUUAUUUAGUAGUAUAAAUCAAUUUAAUAAAAAUGUUUAACAAAGU